GCAAGAAUUGUGAACAAACAACAAAUUUUGAUGUCUACCGCGUUACAUGGUCGAUGAAAUUAACAAUUUAAUUGUUAACCUUACAAGUGCUGUAAAUCCAGUUACCGUGAACCAGAAAAGACUCUUUCAGCCAUUGACAACAGUGAUGGAUUUCGUCAAUGUAAUGAAAAGUAGAGAUGGCUCGAAAAUUCCUAAUGUAUUGGAAGAAUUCAUCAUCAAAAAUGCCAAAUCCUUCACAUUCCAAUCCAUGGACACAUGCACCAUCCAAACAGAAGUGUGGAAUUCUCUAAUAGAGCUGUUACGAGAUGAAGAGUUCUCCAGUUGUCACUCCCAGUGUUUACAAAUCCUGAAAAUAUUGAGUCGGGACCAACAACAUCUGGAUGAAAUUGUUACACAUUCUCUCAUCAAUCUGUUGAUUGAUAAAGCAAAUCUCAGUCUCCCGCAGUCAAGUACUUUGCCUAAAGAAUUCAAUGGCAUUUUGGAAGCCCAGAAGUGUAUCUUUAAUUUAGUUUUUAGUCAUCUCAAGUCUAGAACACUGUUUUCCGAAACUUCCAUAGCUGAAGCCAUUUUCAUGAGAUUAUCUGUAGAUAAUCCAUCAUCUAUUCCACAUGAAGUCAUUUUAUUUGAUCUAAAAAUUCUUUUUCUUCUUACUGCUCUUUGCAGUAAUUGCCGGCCAUCUCUACGUUAUUCAUUACACGGUAUACAGCGCCUGACGAAAUAUCUUGAGCACUGUACGGCAAAUGGAGUAGACCACUUGGAUUGCAGUACUGUAGAACUUUGCUGUGAAACUUUGAAAAUCAUUUUUAACUUGCUACUUUCGAACGAUAAACCGUCUAAUUUGGCAGUUGACACUGACAAUGACUUGCAAUUGCAGUGUCAUUUAAUGAAGAUCAUCCGCCAGUUCCUGUUAAUAAACUCGAAUACAGUGAAGAAAAAAGAAGAUCUAAAAAGCCAUGCGAUAAAUUUGCUUACAAGCAUGUCGUUCGAAAGUUAUGAAGAACUAAUCCCCCCCAGUGCCAAUACCGAAGAUGGCUUCCAAGGUUGUGAUAUCACUACGUUGGUAGUUUUGCUGGAAUAUUUGGAUGAACGCCUUGACAAACCUGCUCGAGUUUUGCAAGAAGAGCUGCUUCCUGUUCUUACAGUGCUUAUUCAGUUUUCAAAAACUAACAGAAUUGCUCGCAAAUUCAUUCGUUCUCGUGUUCUUCCUCCGCUCCGUGACGUCAUGCAUCGCCCUGAGGAAGGCGACACAUUACGGAACAAAUUAUGCCGAUUAAUGACCUCGCCUGUCACACAAGUGGAAUUUCUAGUAGCGGAAUUUCUCUUCGUUCUCUGCAAAGAAAAUGUAAGUAGACUGAUAAAGUACAGUGGUUACGGAAAUGCAGCUGGCCUCUUAGCUCACCGUGGAUUAAUGAUGGGUCAUCCUCCGACUCAUGUUUCAACUUAUUCGUCUGACUCAGAAGAUUCAGGAACAGAGGAGUACAAGCAAGCUGAACACAGCAUUAAUCCAAUUACUGGCUCGUAUGAACCAGAGCGCCCCAAUCCACUCGACCAAAUGUCGGAAGAACAGAAAGAAUACGAGGCUGUCAAAUUAGUAAAUAUGAUUGACAAGCUGCAAAGAAAGGGAAUCAUUCAACCGGCACGGGUCGGCGAAGAUGGUAAACCUCGCGCCAUAGAACAUAAAAAUCAUAUUGUCUGUUGAGAAUCCUCUAUUUGAUUCAUAAUUUUGUCCUCAGCCCCAAGCUUGCGUUCUGCAGUAAGCCAAGAUCAAUUUGCCAUCAGA